AUGUCGGAAAGAAAAACCUCUCUGCGCGCCGGCGGGUCCGCGCAGAGCCGCUUCCAGGUGGAUGUUGUGACGGAGGGCUCGUCCACACCGGCUGCGGCUCCUGCUCCGGAGGAAUCCAAAGGCCGCUUUAAGGUGGUGGGCUUCAUGGAUCCGGCCCCUGGCACCGACAUCGGGCUCCCGCCGGAUGUUUUCCACGAGCCGGACACGACACGCAGCGACUCCGUGAGCCUCCACUCCACCGGCACCGGGCAGACCCAGAUCUCGGACUCCCACUCCAACACCUACUACAUGCGGACCUUCGGACACAACACCAUCGACGCGGUGCCAAACAUCGACUUCUACCGGCAGACCGCCGCGCCUUUCGGGGAGAAACUCACCAGACCGUCGCUGUCAGAGCUGCACGAUGAACUGGAUAAAGAGCCUUUGGAGGACGGCCUGGCUAACGGCGAAGAGCCAUCGGCGGCGGAGGAGGCAGCAGCCUUGAUGAUGGCGAAGGAGGCAAAAGGAGGAACGGUCAAGUUCGGUUGGAUUCGGGGAGUUCUGGUGCGCUGCAUGCUGAAUAUCUGGGGUGUGAUGCUCUUCAUCAGAAUGUCCUGGAUUGUUGGACAGGCUGGAAUUGGACUUACCAUUUGUAUCAUCCUGAUGGCCACCGUGGUGACGUCCAUCACCGGCCUGUCCACCUCAGCCAUAGCAACCAACGGCUUCGUAAGAGGAGGCGGAGCGUACUACUUGAUCUCCAGAAGUCUGGGUCCAGAGUUUGGAGGAUCUAUUGGUCUCAUCUUUGCCUUCGCCAACGCAGUGGCCGUGGCCAUGUAUGUCGUAGGCUUUGCGGAGACAGUUGUUGAGAUGCUCAGUGAUGUCGAUGCUCUGAUGACUGAUGAACUGAACGACGUCCGCAUUGUCGGGACUCUGACCAUAAUUCUGCUUCUGGGAAUCUCUGUUGCUGGGAUGGAGUGGGAAGCUAAGGCUCAGGUUGUCCUGUUGGUCAUCCUGCUGGCGGCCAUUGCUAACUUCUUUUUAGGCACCUUCAUUACAGUCGACAGCAAAGAGCCCAAAGGAUUCUUUGGAUACCACACUGCCAUCCUCUUUGAGAACUUCGGUCCAGACUUUAGAGAAGAUGAGACGUUUUUUUCAGUGUUUGCGAUUUUCUUCCCCGCUGCCACUGGGAUCCUAGCAGGAGCCAACAUCUCUGGGGACCUGGCUGAUCCUCAGUCUGCCAUCCCGAAGGGAACCUUGUUGGCCAUCCUCAUCACAGGCAUCACCUACGUUGCCGUCGCCAUUUCUGCAGGUUCCUGUAUUGUCAGAGAUGCAACAGGUGACCACAAUGACACAGUAAGCGACACAGUGAACUGCACAGACGCUGCUUGCACGCUUGGCUACGACUUCUCCAUCUGCAAGGAAGGAGGCUGCCAGUACGGCCUGAUGAACGACUUCCAGGUGAUGAAUCUGGUGUCGUACUUCGGUCCUCUGAUUUCUGCUGGGAUAUUUUCAGCUACUUUGUCUUCAGCUUUAGCCUCAUUGGUCAGCGCACCCAAAGUCUUCCAGGCUCUCUGUAAGGACAACAUCUAUCCUGGAUUGGGAAUCUUUGCGAAGGGCUACGGUAAAAACAACGAGCCUCUGCGAGGAUACGUCCUGACCUUCUGCAUCGGCUUGGCUUUCAUCCUCAUCGCCGAGCUGAACGUCAUCGCUCCAAUCAUCUCCAACUUCUUCCUGGCCUCUUAUGCUCUCAUCAACUUCUCCGUCUUCCACGCCUCAUUGGCCAACUCUCCAGGGUGGCGCCCAAGCUUCAAAUACUACAACAUGUGGGUCUCUCUGGCCGGGGCCAUCCUGUGCUGCGUUGUGAUGUUCGUCAUCAACUGGUGGGCGGCCCUCGUCACCCUGCUCAUCAUCCUCGCCCUCUACAUCUACGUCAGCUACAAAAAACCAGAUGUGAACUGGGGUUCCUCCACUCAGGCUCUGAUCUACAACCAGGCGCUGACGCACUGCCUCAACCUCUCCACCGUCGAGGACCAUGUCAAAAACUUCAGGCCGCAGUGUUUGGUUCUGGCUGGUUAUCCAAAUUCCCGCCCGGCGCUGCUGCAGUUGGUCCAUUCCUUCACCAAGAACGUCAGCCUCAUGGUCUGCGGUCACGUCAGAACGGUUUCCCGUCGGCCCAACCAGAAGGAGCUCUCCCAGGAUUACCUCCGGUGUCGGCGCUGGCUGAUUAAAAAACGGAUCAAAGCCUUUUAUGCUCCCGUUUUUGCAGACAACAUGCGGGUUGGGGCGCAGCUGCUCCUUCAGGCGGUGGGUCUGGGUCGUCUGAAGCCCAACACGCUGGUCAUGGGUUUCAAAAACAACUGGAGUGACGGAAACAUGAGAGACGUGGAGAAUUACAUCAACACCAUCCAUGACGCCUUCGACCUGCAGUUUGGAGUGGUGAUCCUCAGGCUGAUGGACGGACUGGACAUCUCUCACAUUCCAGGACAAGACGAGCUGCUGUCGCCGAGUGAGAAACCACCAAAGGAAAGUAAAGAUGUUCUGAUUCCCAUCAGUCCAGCGAAAGACUCGGACUCGGAUUCCUGUCCGUCGAAAACCCACAGCAACCAGAGCAGCCCGCUCAUCAUAAGAGCCACAGAGACCAAGAGUCCUCUGAGUCUGACCGACCAGCGUCUUCUGGAGAGCAGCCAGAUGUUUAAGAAGAAACAAGGGAAAGGAACCAUCGACGUCUGGUGGCUGUUUGACGACGGAGGUCUGACUCUGCUGAUCCCCUACCUGCUGACCAACAGGAGCAAAUGGGGGGACUGCAGGAUCCGCGUCUUCAUCGGAGGAAAGAUCAACCGCAUCGACCACGACCGCCGAGCGAUGGCCACGUUGCUCAGCAGGUUCAGAAUCGACUUCUCUGACAUCAACGUUCUGGGAGAUAUCAACGUGAAACCUAAAAAACACAAUAAGCUGAGCUUUAAGGAGCUGAUCGAGCCGUACAGGCUGAAGGAGGACGACAUGGAGCAGGAGGCGGCGGAGAGGCUGAAGGCUCAGGAGCCGUGGAGGAUCACCGACAACGAGCUGGAGCUCUACAAAGCCAAGACCAACCGUCAGAUCCGACUGAACGAGCUGCUGAAGGAACACUCCAGCACCGCCAAGCUGAUCGUGGUGAGCAUGCCUUUGGCCAGGAAGGGCACGGUGUCCAGCGCCCUCUACAUGUGCUGGUUGGAGACACUGUCCAAAGACCUCCCCCCACUGCUGCUGGUCCGAGGAAACCACCAGAGCGUCCUCACCUUCUACUCAUAACACGCACACAUGCACUGGGCUUUAUUUAUUACAGCUUUCCAUCAAAUGUGACCCGACCUUAGGUCCUGGAAUGUGGCGUCAGUAGAUGGUUGAUGGUUCUCCUUAACCGCCUCCCUAAUAUAAAGCUGUAUAUUCAUGGUUGAAGACGUGUUUAAUUAACGAUGGUUUAACACUAAGAUUCCUAAAUGUUUUCUAUUUUUCAGAAUGUGUGCUCGUAUUUAGCUUCUCAGUUUUUAUUGUUUUAUUUCUCUGGGUCUGUUUUCUUCUCCUUUAUAACAAUUUUGUAAAUGAUUUUGAUAAAAUAUUAACAAAACAGA